AUGGAAGAAUCUAACGUUACCAGUGAAAAUCGUCAACUGUAUGCAUACAUUGCAAUAACCAUUGGCAGCAUAUCCGUGAUUGGUUUAAUAGCCAAUGCUUUAUUACUAUAUAUCUUUUUGACUGACAAAUUUUUUCGUAAAACUACGUAUUACCUAAUGCUUAUCUGUGUUAUUUCUGAUGGAAUAUCCAAUACAUCUUCUCUUAUUUCUACUGGAAUACUAUUGGCCAAAAAUGCAGAUCAAUCCUUCAGUAUGCUAGCUAUGUGUCAAAUAUCAGGCGCUGUUGUCUAUACAUCGUAUGGUAUAUCAAUUAUGAAUCUGUGCUUAAUUAGCAUCGAUCGCUAUUUUGCUUGCGUGAAACCGUUAAAUAAUUUUUACCUGGUUCAUAAACGUCAGAUUCUUAUCGUCAGUGAAGUAUUCAUUUGGAUCAUUUCCGUAGCAGUAACAUUGCCUGAUAUGACUUUUCUUCAACCUCGUCAAGAUGAUGAAUUUAUGUGUGAUUACCCCAAUGUGACGACUUCCAUUUCUGUAUACUUAGUAUCCUUAACGUUCGUGUACUAUACUUUACCUUCAAUGGUUAUUAUAGUUACAUAUUGGCGAAUUAUAAUAUUUCAGAGGAAUUACGUACGACCAGGGCAACCGUUGAAACCGUCACAGCAGGAUAUAUCUAGCAGGCAGAAAUUAAUUAAAUCACUAAUUAGCAUCUCAACAUGCCACGUAUUAACUACUCUGCCUUAUUUUGUGGUCAUGUUUGGAAUGGGUGUAGCUGGAAUAUCUUUCGCUCAAAUUCAAAGUAGAAAUCCAGUAUUAUUUGCGUUAUGUAUGCUUGCUGUAUCCACAACCAGUAAUAUCACCGUUAUUAAUCCAUUUUUGUAUCUGAAAUUUGACGGAAAUAUUCGCAGAAGGCUCCGUGAAAUGAUAAAAAGUCUUCGAAGCGCGAGAAGAAGACGGAAUUGGAUAAGAUGA